AUGGUAUACUGUGGGAAACCAAGCAAAGGAUGUGGCGAGUGCAGGUCCAGGAAGAUUCGGUGUGACCAAGCCAAACCGGCCUGUUCGCAAUGCACCAGGGCCAAGCGGGACUGCCCCGGAUAUCGGGAUCAACUGUCGCUCAUGUUCCGGGAUGAAAGCAAAUCGGUAGUCCGAAAGGUGACUGCGGCCUCGACAUUAAAGAAUAAACGAGCGGAGCGAUUGCCUCGCACUGCAGUCCUAGAAGGGAAUCCUGUGCGGUCUGAGCUCAGUACCCCGGUGGUGGAUCCGGGCUUUGAUUUCAACACCGACCCACAGCAUAUCUAUCUGAUGCGGCAGUUUGAGGGUUUCCCAUUGGAAAUACAUCCGUCACAGGAGCUUGAAACCGCGAAAGAUGAAGCAAUCUGUUAUUUCAUGCGAUCCAAUGCUCUGCCCGGCAGUUUCUGGACAAGUGAGAUAAUGUCUAAUUUUUUGUUGCAGUCCGGGGGCCCUGCGAGUCAGAGAGCUAUGAAGGCAAGCAUGGUGGCUACCGCCACGGCUAUGCUCUCGCGGGUAAGACAUUUACCAUCGCUUGGAGAUGUAGCCCACAGAGAGUAUGGAUCCGCUUUGAGACUGCUUAAUGUCGCUCUAGGCGAUAAAGAGGAGGCGAAAACAAAUCAAACACUAGGCGCGGUCAUUAUGCUUGCCGUGUAUGAAGUGAUUACAUCAAGAGCCACGGAAGAUAUGGAGAGUUGGAUCAACCACAUCAAUGGCGCAACAGCCCUGCUCGAUAUACGGGGGACUGAUCAACUUAAGACUAAUGCCGGUCUCCGCUUAUUUUUGCAUCUUCGGUAUCAGAUUGUGAGUGUCAUUGAUCACUCCUUCGACCUCAAGCUAACCCCUCAACAGAUCAUCAGUUGUCUACAACGAGACGCACGAGUACCUGAGUCACUUCUCGAAUGCACGAAACUCGUAACAUUUCUUCAGCCAGCAGAAGCUCACGGUAAUCGCCUGACAAUGAUACUUGCCAACUUGUCGAACCUUCGCGCAGACAUCCGCACCAAUAUGUACGAAAAUGAAGGGGAUAUUGUAUCAGCAGCCUCGGCUAUCGAAGCCGAUUUAAUAGCCUGGUUGGCAGCUCUUCCCCCCGAAUUCAACUAUACCACCCAUACAAAAUCCCCCUUCGACUUUACUUUUCAAAAACGUUUCCGGGGUAUAUCGUCAUACGACGAUCAGUACCACGUGUAUCCCAGCCAGUGGGUCUGCACUUCGUGGAAUCAAUACCGCAGCGCCCGAAUCAUCGUCAGCGAUAUUAUUCUCUCCCACGUGCGGCGAAUAUCCGACAGUUCAUCUGUGACCUCAUUGUCCGAAGAGUUCCGUCUCCACUGCAGGACACUACGAUUGACGAUCCACCGGUUGGCAGUGGAGAUCUGUCGCAGUGUCCCGUUUCACUUGAAUGUCCACCAGACACAGAGCAACCCUAAUCUCCCCCCACCUGAAAGCUAUCUUGGAGGUCUUGUGAUCCUCUGGCAUUUGUUCAUCGCUGGAGUGGUUGAGAACCCUCGACACGGGCUGCGCCGCUGGGUAGUCAAGUGUCUGGAAUCGAUUGGACACACGAUGGGUAUCGACCAGGCGCUGGCAGUGGCGGAUGUUGUCGCUUCUGGCCUUAUCUCUUUAGAUUGUGUGACCGAGGAAGAAGACUGA